AAAAAAAUAAUUUUUACAAGAUGGUUUAUGGUGCAGCUAAUCAAAUGAUUAAAUUUUUUGUUUUCAUAGCCAAUUUUCUAAUUUUUCUUUUUGGCGGGCUUCUUUUUGGAUUUUCGCUUUGGGCAAAUUUGGAUAAAAAUUUUGACAAUAAUUUUCGCGAAUUUGCCCAAAAACUAAAAUUAGAUAACAAAAUUAUUGAUUUAUUAGCCCAGUACCAAUCAUGUUUGUGGAUUCUUGUAGCAGUUGGGGCGCUUUUGUUGGUUGUUGGAUUUUUGGGAUGUUGUGGGGCUGCUUGUGAGAGUUUGGUGCUUCUAAGUUUGUUUUCAAUUCUCAUUUUAAUCCUUUCAUUAAUUGAAUUGUAUGUUCUUAUAUCUUUGUUUACUAAUAGAGGAGAAUUAUUAGAGAAUCUACAUGGCGCUUUUGUUAAAAGCGCAGAAACAGUAGAUGGUCGAAAGAAUUUAAAACCGAUAGAGGAUUUAUUACAAUGUUGUGGUGCUACUAUUGAAACCAAACAAACUUAUAUUAAAGAAAAUUUAUGUCCUGGGGAAUUAAAGGAUAAGGAGGAUUGUUACACUUCAUUAACCGGAAAAAUAGAUUCAAUGGGUAAUGGAUUAUUUUUGUGUGGAAUUCUACUUUUACUUGUCCAAUUCUUUUCAAUAAUGUUUUCAAAUAUUCUUUGCAAAGCAUUUCAAGAACAUGGGCCGAUUAACUAUGCUUGA